UAUAAAUCUCGUUUUCAAGGUUCGUUUAAACCAAGUAGGGGUUUAAGGUCUUCAACAAUGGCGACGACCUUGAAUCGAUUACGUAGCUCAGUCUCUGCUCUCUCGCAUCGAGCGCUCUUCAAUUCCACUCGCCGUGAAUCUCUCCCUUCGCAAACUCCACCUCUUCGAUCAACCACCCGCUCUUUCCUCGAUUUCUAUCAGUUCGGGAACAAGAAAGCGAUCGAGGAGGAACGUGCGCGACUUAACGAUGAGAUGAAUCGGGGGUACUUUGCUGAUAUGAAAGAGUUCAAGGAGCAUGGUGGUAAGAUAGCAGAUGCAAAUAAGACUGUUAUUCCUGCUGUGUCAGCUGUGAAAUUUCCGGAGUUAGCAGUGACUCUUUCUAAUGGAGAAGUCUUGAAGUUGCCUAUUAGUUGUAGUAGUGGUGAGGUUAACGAAGAGAGUUUGGCUGUUCCUAGAGUAUCAUUGGUGUGUCUGUCUUUCCGAGCAAGCUCUCAGGGAAUGAUCAGCUCGUGGAGCAAGCCAUUUCUUGAAUCGUUUGGCGACAGGAAAGAUCUGCAGGUGUUUGAGGUUUCAUUUAUAGAUAAAUGGCUGUUGGGCUUGGCCCCUAUAAGAAAACUACUUCUCCGGGUCUUGCAAAAACCGAAGAGCAACGAGGACAGUGUCCUGCAGAGGCGAGUUGUUUACUCAUUUGGAGACCACUAUCACUUCCGGAAAGAAAUUAAAGUUCUUAACCUUCUCACCGGGUAUAUCUUCCUACUCGACAAAUCCGGGAGAAUAAGAUGGCAAGGCUUCGGAACAGCAACUCCAGAGGAAGUAUCUAAACUUCUCUCUUGCACCUCACAACUCCUUGAAGAUCAAUAAAGUAUCUCUUCAUGAAUUCAUCUCAACAGAGAAUCUUUUCUUCUCAUAAUAAUACGGAAAAUAAAUUCUCUUAUGAAAAGUUUCGAUUUAUGCCUAAAGGAUACUAUUAAAACAUGGACUUUUAACUUUUUAAGUAAAAAAAGAAAAGUUACAUCCUUGCUUCAUGGUUGGUGGAGCAUAGACACAUUACAUCAGUGCAGCACUAACAUGUCUUUUUAUGCAACAACCAUGAAUAUACAAAAGAAAAAAAAGUAACUUCGGUGA